ACGACGACAACGACGAUUCAUAGAAUGGGGAAUCGCUGGAUUAUCGCUGGUCUAGUCGGACUAUUGGUGGCGGCCACAGCGAGCCCUACGGCUCAAGUCGAUGUAAAUGAGAAGCAUUUGAGUGAGAUACUCAGCUAUAUGAACGAGAGCGCCGACGCCUGCGACGAUUUCUUUAACUAUGCCUGCGGCAAUUGGAGUGAGCAGCAUCUGAGUCUUUAUUAUACCGAGAUAAUGGGGGAAGUGGAUCUCAAAGUUAAUAAAAAUUUGGUCAAGCUCAUGGACAAGUUGGCGGUCAGUUUGCAGAACAGCAACCAUGACGAUUCGAACAGCGUGGAGGACAAAGUGUGGCGAUAUUAUCAGACCUGUCGUGGCGCAUCAUUGGACACGCGUAACCUGAAGCAUUAUCUAGACUUUGUGCAGCCCGGAGAGCAGGUUCCGUGGCCUCAGCUCGCCGUCAAUAGCAAGCAAUGGCCGAAGAACAAGUUCAAUUGGCUAGAGACGCUUGGUCGGCUUCAACGCUACAGUCUCAACAACGUUCUCAUGCGUAGCACGGUGGUACCAAGCUAUAAAAACAGUAGAAAGUAUGUGAUUGAUCUCGAUAGACCCGUAUUCAAGGAGAAGAACCAGCGUUUAAGAGGCAACUUUAGCACAAAGAAUAUCUUGCUCCAGCUGGGCGUUCCUAAAGGUAGUGCAUUAAAUUUGGCACGCAAAGUUUAUCAGCUCGAAUUACUGGUGCGUGACCUGACCGAAGGGGAGGACCUGCCUAACGACAACCUAGCCUUGCAUGAGCUGGAGCGUACUAUUCAAGCACCUUGGCGCAAAUACUUUGAAAUUGUUCUGGGCCACAGUGUGCCUCGAGACUUCAAGGUGCAGAUAAGCAAUGUCGAUUAUUUUGAGGCUCUCGUCGAACUUCUGAGCAGACAAGAACCUAACGUGGUGGCCAGCUAUAUAAUGGUGCGCUUCAUAAUUUUUCUGCGUGAGGAGAGCAUGGGCAUUGACGAGCCAAUCGAAUGCAUACAGGAUGUACGACGCAACCUGGAUCUGGCCAUAAACUUACUUUAUGAGGAGCACUUCUACGAAUCUAAUAGGCAGAAGAACAACGAAGAAGUGACUGCACUUUUCGAGAUACUACGCGCUCAGUUCCUGACCGGGAUGGAUGGCAAUGUUUUUAACUUAAAUGCAACGCAACGUGAACUGUUGAGGAACAAGACACGUAGCAUGGAUAUUAAUAUUGGUAAUAUGCCCAAGGGUGUCAAUCAUCGUAAAUUUGUCACCAAUUUCUAUAGAGAAUUAAGCCUGAGUGAGUCUGAUUAUGAGGAGAACCAUUUGAAGGUGCUGCAGUUUCGAGCGGCUCGAUUAAUUGAGAAACUCGACCAGCAACAGCCAUCACACACGAAAUUCGCACUCAACGAUGACGGUGAUUAUGCCAUGAGCUCUUCGCCUUUUUAUCUGCAACAGCUCAAUUUAAUUGUUGUGCCCUUUGGCUUACUGCAGGAGCCCGUCUUCAAUGCCGAUAUGCAUGAUAUAUUCAAGAUUAGUCUGCUAGGAUUUAUGAUCGCUCAUGAGAUUAUACACGGUUUCGACUCCACGGGGUUGGGGUACGAUGCGAAAGCUCUAGACUGUAUUAAUCGCAAUGAGACGGACAAUUUGGAUGAGCGAAUAGCUGACAUAUCGGGCAUUCGCUUGGCCUUCGAUGCCUACUUUGCUCCGGGCUCUAAGUACAGUCAAGCACAUCCAACCUUCACUACCCUACCACUGAAGAAGAUUUUCUUUCUGAACCUGGCACAGUUUUUCUGUGGCAGUUUAGACACUUCUUUUAUGAGUCACGACCCAGAUGAUGUCCGUAUAAAGCAAUUACUGAUCAAUUUUCCACCCUUUGCGGAAACGUACGGCUGCCGCCAGGGCCAGGACAUCAUGCAUCCAGCAGAGAAAUGUCGGCUUUGGCGUUAAAUACAAUGUAAUGGUUAUUUAAAAUAAAAUUAUAAUCAAUAAAUUCGACUAAACAUUUUUA